AUUGAGUAAAAUUCUUGUAAAUUUCAAUUGCGUGAAAUAUUUCAUCCAACAUUUCAUCGUGCAGUUGAAAAGCCGAACCAUCUUCUCACCCCCACUCCGCCUCGCACAGAGCUGUCAAAGUCGUCGAGCGUGAAAGUGACAGUGGAGAGAUUUUUUCAACCAGAGAAUUUACAGGAUCUCAGAAAAGUUCCCCAUUUAGUAAUUUUGCAAGCUAGAUUUAUUGACGAAAGCACAGCAAAACAGUUGUAUUGUCGCAUAAGUAAUGGCUACGCAGAAGAUGAGAAAUGUCGGAAGUCUCAGUCAAGUGACGACGAUCUUCUUCGAUUUGGACAACACACUCAUUCCCACCCGAAAGGCGGACGCCAAGGCGUGCAAUAAGCUCGUGGAUUUCCUGCAGGAGGAGCACGCGAUGAGCCGUGAGGCUGCUCUCGUGGCCACCUCGACAUUCCUGCGCGCCUUCCGUCGCUGUCCGGACAAUGAGGAGCUCCCGCUGGAUGAGUGGCGCACUCAAUUGUGGGCAGACGCCCUGCCGGAGCCCUUCAAGUGUCUCAGCGGCGGCGUGUAUCGCACGUGGCUGCAACUGCGGCUGCGCUACAUGGAACCGACCGCUGAGACAGUGAAGCUCCUCGAGUCCCUGCGAGCGAACUUCCUGCUGGCGCUGAUCACGAACGGACCGAGCGCGGCGCAAUGGGAGAAGGUGAAUCGAUUGAAUGUUGCAAAAUACUUUGACUGUAUCCUAGUGUCUGGCGAUCUGCCGUGGGAGAAGCCCGAUGCCCGCAUUUAUCACGCAGCGUGCAAUCUUCUGGGCGUCCAAGCGCAACAGUGCAUCAUGAUUGGGGACAAAUUAGAGACUGAUAUUCAGGGUGGUAAACAAGCAAAGUUGGGGGCAACCUUAUGGAUCCCCCUGACAAGUGCCGAACGUGCCGAGCCAGAACUGGGCCUCAUGCCUGACUUUACCAUCCACAAUCUGUCGGACAUGCUGGCUGUCCUGCCUUGCGGGCAGCCCUGUGGACGCUAUGCAGCCUCCAGAAGCAGGUGCUCAUCCAUAGGCACGUCAGCAGCAGCAGCAGCUCGCCGCUCAAGAGUGCCAUACAAUCGCCGGGUCGCCUCCCUGCCGGACUUGGACAAUUGCAAUAGCAACAGCUCUGACGGAAGCUGAUCCGCCUGGAAAUACUUACCAAGGAAUCUAUUCAUCAUGUUGAGAAGUUUCCUAUUGAUGUAAUCGAAGAGUCUUCUGCGAGGCUCGAUUUUAAGUUGUUGUCUAAGAACUCAAAUCAUCUUUUACCGCAUUGUUUUGAGGUUAGAAGUUACAAGUUUGUUGGUUUUUUUCUGGUUGAGAUUAAGUUUGCAAUCGAAGUUCAAAUUACAUGAAAUUCGAAAGAAGAAGAAGCCUCAUUUGAUUAGAUUACCACUCGGCAUUGCGCAAGAGAUUCUUUUUUUAGAGAAUAGUAGAUUUUAUUUUGUUUGUGUUCUCAAUUCUAGUGUAACAAUUCAAGUACAAAUGUCAAUCUGAGCCAUAUAUUCUAAUGAUAUAGAUCUUUUUUGUUUUGAAUGCCUGAAUGGAAUGACAAAAUGAUGCAAUUUUGUGAUGUUUCUUCAGUCUGAUUUUGUAGAAUGAGUGCAGUUUGUGGUAGAUAAAGUGUAAUAUAUAAAUCAAUAAUUCAACCUAGGGUGCUAGUUUUGAGCGAGAGACCAAGGAAAUGCAGUUGAGAGAAGAAAUGUCUCGCAACUGUGAAGAGAUACUGAAUUUUCUGUACAUAUUUGCUAAGACUUUCUAUAAAGUGAUUUGCUGAUGUUGCGCAGAGGCCAUUGCGAAAAUGUUCAAUUAGAUGAAUUGAUAUCAAUUGUGACUAAAUACCUGAGAAACAACAACUAAGUAGCUCUUAAGUGGAGUUUUUGUAAUGUGUAGAAGGAAAAAGUGUAAAAGAGGAGUGAGAUUUGAAUAAAGGUAAAAUGACGAUAUUUGGAAA